UAAUUCUGGAGUUGGUAUUAUCUAUACUAACUUUGAUAUAAAUGAUAUAAAAAAUGUUGAAGAGGUCUUUUACAAAAUAGUGAAAUCUGUGCAGGCCAGAACCACUCAACCAUUUGGAAAUACCAAAUAUAGUUCUAGAUUUUUUGCUAGUAUUAGUUUCUGGUUCCUGGCUAAUUAUCAAGAAUAUAAAAUUAGAGUAUAG